CACAGUGCAUCGUUAAGGCAUUUCAAGCAGGCCCAUUUUUGCUACCUGUUCUUCUCAUAUUCCUUUUUCCUUUAAAUUUUGGAGUAAUUUGCGUCACGCGAAACUACCGUUCGACAAAUUAAUCUAGAGAUAACUAAGAAUCCUUGAGGAUAUUUAGCUGGCUUCCUUUGAAAUGGAUUUGAGCGGAAACCAUGGCAACCCUCAUCUCGCCGUCGUACUACCCGAGAUUUUGGCCAAGAUUGCUACCUUUCUCCCCAAAUCCGACCUCCUCUCCUGCACCCUGAUCAACUCCACGUGGGAAACGGAAGUCCGGAAACUUCUCUUCGAUAACGUCAGGAUUGUCCUCACUCCAGAAAAGAUCUUUUCCCACAAAAAAAUCGUUCCUAGUCCCCCCUUCCGAGGAAGCAGUAUUGGGUUCUUCUCAUUCGCCUCACAUCUUUCGGGGCACGGCCCCUGUGCAAACUAUGUCCGCAAUCACGGCGCCAUAGUCAAAACCAUAACGACAAGUUUCUUCAUAAAAGCAGAAGCCUUCACACUCCCCAAAGAUUUGGAACUGGUCGCAAAAUCCUUCCCAAACGCGACCACGCUCGAGCUCGACGUAAAUUUCUGGUCGCUUGGUUCAACUUACGAAUCAUUGAUCUUCCCCCCACCAAAAAGAUAUUCCUUCUCGAAAGUAAAGACGCUAGAAAUCGCGACGAGUACACGAAUUCAUAACCUUCUCGGGAACGACAAUCUUACAUAUUGCACCCAACUUGGCGCCAUCUUUGCAAAAAUAAUCCCCCGUUUGGUCCCCCUCCUUCCAAAUGUGGAGGCCCUCUCGUUCUUCAACUCUGCUCAGACAGUAGUGGAAAACUUUCUCGAUUUAUUCUCCGCCACGGUGACAACCUUGAAAAUGUCCGGUGUAACAAUAACGGCCCCCAUGCAGCGACCAACCAUAUUAAAUCUGACCCGUCUUGAGAUAGGUUGUUAUUAUUUGGACAAGUCGAAUUUUUCCCACGUGCUAAAGUUUGCCUCGGAAACGUUGCAACACGUUAAGUUCUCGGAGGUAGAAAAUGUUCCCGUGAAUGAUAAAUAUUCCACCCGAUACGCCAUAGUUUUUCCGGUCAUGCGGAAAUUAAGAGUUUUUGAACUUGUCCAAAAUAAGUUUACGGAUCGAAGUGCGUAUAAAAAUUCGCUGGUGAGGCCGAAGCUAAUAUUGCGGUGGGAAGGGGGUAGGGGUCAUUCUGGGACGAGGUUGGUGUACCAAGAUCAGUUCCCUGUUCUGGAAACGGUCAGGAUAUCGAGGAAUGAAACGCACCACUUAUUACGAAAUCGUGGGAUUGAGGACAGAUUGACGGAGCAGGAAUAUUUUGAGGCGAGCGUGACAUUUUUGUAUGAAACUUUUCUACGCGAGGGUAAUUCGCGGAGUGAGAGUGUGAAACGGUUGGAUGUCCCGUUCCCGCCAGAAGCUAAGUUUAGGUUGGAGAAAUGUGAGGGCGGGAAUGGGGAAUGUUACGAGUGGAGGGAUUCAUCCGAAUUUUGGGACAGGGCGGUAGAAAUGUUUCCCAAUUUGGUGAAAUAUGCAGCCAUUGGGGAAAGUAGGGAGAGGAUGAGGGCGGCCGGGGUGAAGGAGUGGGUCAAAUUAGGGGAGAAGUUGGGCUUUGUGAGGGGGAAGGAACGGAAAGGAAGCCGGAUUUGAAUUUAGGUGACCAGGUUAAUCUCGAGGUUCCGGAACGUGUUAAGUUUAGGGAUUAGGAGAAGAAGAAGAUGGGGUGAUUGUAAUGGGUUUAUGCAAAUAUGUAGCCGGGCCAAUUUGACAUGGUGUCGAAGGAUUUUUUUAGGAUUAGUUGAAUGACAAUAUUUCCUACAAUAAAACAACAUUGUAUUAUUGUCAUUUGAUUUGACAAUAGUAAACUACUUACUAGGUACAUAGAAUUAGGGUUGAUAAAUGACAUUUCUAGAGGAGUAAUUCCUUGGGGACGUUCAUAAAUUACGAAACACAAUAAUCACCUAGAUGUGAUUAUUGUGAACGUCCCCUAUUCCUAAUUAAUUAAUAUGCCCACUUAAGUAUGCAGGUAAUGUAUUUAUAUAUGUAGUCUGUUGAGCGGGUAGGAAAGAGCAACUUCAUAUACUCGUACUGCUCUCAAAUAAUGUCGCUUUUGAUUUCUUUCAGAAUUAUGAAUGUAUGUACGUAUCUCGUUUAUCUAAAUAAAUUCGAAAAACUGUAAA